UAAGUCUUCGACGACGCUUUGUUCUUUUGAUCAGCAGCACCACUGCACGGUGCCAGAUCCCAAGUCCAGUCUCUCUCCCUCCGGCUCUUGUUGUCAGCCGAGGAGUGGAAACCCUGGGCGCAUCUUGCCUGUAUCGUCCUACUCCUCGUUGAUCCCUUUGCAGCACGUCUUUCCUUCGUGGCAAACGCUUUUUUUCCUGCUUAAAUCCUUUGUUGGAUACCUUGAGCAAUUCAAUCUUUAAUUCCGUUUCUAUCGCUAAUUGGCUUGGGAUCCGGUUUUCUGGAGGAUCGUGGAAGGCUCACGUGUCCGUGAUGUGGAGCAUUGAGGGGGAAAUUGAGGGUUGCAAGGUUAGGUAGUUUUAGACACAGCGCGCGCGUCUGUGUUCGUACGCACGCAUCUGCUAUUUGUAGGUAUGGUUUGCAGUAUGGCUAUUCACUUCAAGUUUAGAAGUGCUGUUGAAUAUGAUUCCAUCGACAUUGAUGGUCCUUUCAUCUCAAUUGGUUCUUUGAAGGAGAAGAUAGUUGAACACAAGAAUUUAGGCAUGGCAACGGAUUUCGACCUGCUCAUCACCAACGCUCAAACAGCUGAAGAGUAUUCGGAAGAUUCAUUUCUUUUGCCUAAAAACACCAGUGUUAUCAUCAAAAGAGUUCCUGCAUCUCGCUUGAAACCAGUUGUUCGAGUUCAAGAGCAGCCGAAUAGUUAUAGUUUGACGGCAGACUCGGUGGCUGGUGACAAUAGCAGAGGAGCUGACACUACAUUACAAGCUGCAGCUCUUUCCAAUGCUGGAAUGGAUAGUUUGGAUGAUUUUGGUGUGGACUUGUAUGCUAUACCUGAGCCUGUUGUCAGUAAGGUGGAUCCGGAUGAAAACAUCCGUAUUGCUGCCAUGGUUAACACGACAGCCUCGGACUGGCAACGGCAAACAAAGGAGGGUCUUGGUGGAGGCAGAGGUUCUGGGCGUGGGGGCUAUGGAAGAGGAGGUCGCACUUUCGGAAGGGCAACGCCUCCACAGGGUUAUGUGUGUCAUCGAUGUGGUCAACCAGGUCACUUUAUCCAGCAUUGUCCAACUAAUGGAGAUCCUACGUUUGACAUGAGGAAAAUGAAAUCACCUGUGGGUAUUCCCAAAACUCAGCUGAAAGCUGAUCAAGAGGGCUCCUACAUACUUCCAGAUGGAUCUGUUGCUGUUAUGCAACCUGACGAAUCAGUUUUUGCCAAAGAAGCAGAUGCGCUGUUGGCCAUUAGGCCAACCUAUUUAGAGCCACCCCCAGAGUUAAAAUGUCCUUUAUGUGGCAACAUUUUCAGGGAUGCAGUUAUGAUACCUUGUUGUCAGUAUAGUUUCUGCGAUAAAUGCAUUAGGGAUCAGCUGAUAGCUAAAGGAAAGUGCCCUCAAUGCGAGUCUACGAAAUUCAAGAAUGAUGACUUGCUUCCAAACAUCAAUCUCAGGCAGGCUAUUGAUCGCUUUCUCGAGACACAAAUGACUACUAGUGGGGCAUCUGAUAGUUUUUACAAACAGUAUCAAUUGCCUGAUGUGGGCUCUGGUCCUCGGAAGGUUGAUGCACUUGCUGGAUCACGCCUACAAAUUGAGCUACGAAAGCCUUUGAACUCCGCGGGUGCACCUGUGAAGGCAUCUCCUACAAAUGUUGUAGUUGUGGAGGAUGUAGGAGAUUCUUCAAAGGACAAAAAAGGUAAAAAUGAAAAAGUUGAAGGCUCUGCUGUUUUGACGCUCGGAGGGGAGGACAGCGGAGGUGCCAUUGAAGGGCCCCCCUCUAAGGAGCAUGCAGCAGAAACUUCAAAAAAACAGGAAGCUGGGACCUCUCUUAAAGGAGGAGUGAAGGGUUUUGUAAAUGACGAUGGAGAAGCAGGCAUGAUAUUUAAGAAUAUCGUGUCUCUCUCUGUUAAGGAGACGGAUGGGGUAGCAGUGAAGUCUGAGGUUAGCAAAGGUGUGUUUUCACUGAGGAAUAACACACGUUUUUCUCCAAGUUUGGAAGUUAGCUACAGGGAAUUUUUCAAUCAAGGCGGACUUUCUGGGUCGUGUUCAGUAUGGUACAUUUAUUUUGCACAUAUUGGACAAAUUUGUGCAGAAAGAUCUCUCUCCUCUGUCCUGUUUUUACUUAGGAUUCAUCUUGUGCUAUGCAACUUCUCAUUAGCAUUCAUUUCUUUUUGUGAAAGUAGGCAUAUUUCAAACUUUGCUUAUGCACGGCACACUACUUUCUUCACAUAAUACCGCAUCGCUAUAUCGGCAUUAAGCAUGCGAAGUUUACAUGUUCCCAA